AAUUCAUCAUGUGCUUAUUAUUCAUUAUAAUUCAUGUUUGAUACUAUUCUUAAAAGUUAAAAUUGAAACAUUGUAAUCAUGAUUUCUUAUAACCACGGUCCUCACCUAAUAGAUUGCUUGCUUCCCGGGAUUUUCAGUUGCCUUACGUCCUUUGCUUCUCAUAUAUUUUGCGACCUAUUCUUCCAACAACACCCCUUCCUGAGGAGCAUUCCUUCCACGCAACUCUUAUCCACAAGCCAAGCAAUCCUCCUCCGCUGCUAUAAAAUAAAACUGAGCAUCAAGUUCUUACCAAAAGAUGGUCCCUUUGAUGCUCGCCUGCUUCCUCUUUCACUCGCUCCACUUCGUCCUCGUCCUUGCCAAGAACAAGUAAUCGAUCCUCUGACCACUGUCUCUAUAGAUCAAUCAUCCUCCAUGGCUCCAGCGUUCUUUCGUCUAGCAUUUCUCCUAGUCAGCCUCCUGUCCAGCUUCGUCUCGCCCUCCCCGGUCUUGAGAAUGGACCUCACAAUGCGCAACGUCUCGUGCAACGAUCUCGCGAGCUCAGGUUUGGGGGAUCCGCUUCUCCACAAGCUGUCGUGCAUGGCGAAGAAGACCACCUUUCGGGCAAACCGGAUGGUCCAGGCGCUGAGGAGCAAGCUCGCCGCCUCGUCUCUCAUCACCAGCGAGGUUCCAUACCCGCCGUCCGUGAGCACCGACUACGAGAGCCCCGUCGCCUCCGGCGGUGGUGACUACGUCACGACGAUCUCCCUGGGAACUCCAGCCAAGGUGUUCUCCGUGAUCGCGGACACCGGCAGCGAUCUGAUAUGGAUCCAGUGCAAGCCGUGCCAGGCGUGCUUCAACCAGAAGGAUCCAAUCUUCGAUCCGGAAGGCUCGUCAUCCUACACCACCAUGUCCUGCGGCGACACCCUCUGCGAUUCCUUGCCGAGGAAGUCGUGCUCCCCGGACUGCGACUACUCCUACGGCUAUGGCGAUGGCUCUGGAACCCGAGGAACGCUGUCGUCCGAGACCGUCACCUUGACGAGCACCCAGGGAGAGAAGCUGGCUGCCAAGAACAUCGCCUUCGGCUGCGGCCAUCUCAAUCGCGGGAGCUUCAAUGACGCCUCUGGCCUCGUGGGUCUCGGCCGGGGCAAUCUCUCGUUCGUCUCCCAGCUGGGCGAUCUCUUCGGCCACAAAUUCUCCUACUGCUUGGUUCCAUGGCGAGACGCCCCCAGCAAAACCAGCCCAAUGUUCUUCGGCGAUGAAAGCUCCUCCCACUCCUCCGGGAAGAAACUCCACUACGCUUUCACCCCUAUGAUCCACAACCCGGCCAUGGAGAGCUUCUACUACGUCAAGCUCAAGGACAUCAGCAUCGCUGGGCGGGCGCUGCGAAUCCCAGCGGGAUCCUUCGACAUCAAACCCGAUGGAAGCGGCGGGAUGAUCUUCGAUUCCGGGACGACCCUGACGCUCCUGCCAGAUGCGCCUUACCAGAUCGUGCUCCGGGCGCUGCGAUCCAAGAUUUCCUUCCCUAAGAUCGAUGGAUCCUCCGCGGGGCUUGACCUGUGCUACGAUGUCUCGGGAUCCAAGGCGAGCUACAAGAUGAAGAUCCCGGCGAUGGUGUUCCACUUCGAGGGCGCGGAUUACCAGCUGCCGGUGGAGAACUACUUCAUCGCCGCCAACGAUGCCGGGACGAUCGUGUGCCUGGCGAUGGUGAGCUCCAACAUGGACAUCGGGAUCUAUGGAAAUAUGAUGCAGCAGAACUUCCGCGUGAUGUACGACAUCGGGAGCAGCAAGAUUGGAUGGGCGCCAUCGCAAUGCGAUUCCUCGCAGUGAUUAAUUCUUCCUGCCCAAGAACCCUAAAUUCCUCUCUUGUGAAUGGAUUUUUUAAAAUUAAGCGUUGGAUACCCGUUAAAAGUC